UGUAGAAGCUGAGUAACUCCAGCAGAUGGCAGCAUUGAAGAAGAUAUGAGGCAAAUGUAAAGUGUGUCUGUAAUGGUGCCUGAUCAAAAUCCAGCAGGGAGCCAUGGUUAUGCAGAGACUGGCGCCCCUGACACUGUUAUCACCUCACUGGAUACAGACAGAAAUGCACCUGGCUGCAACGUGAGCCUAUCGGUUCGGUCGAUGUGAAACAACCCUGCGGUGUGUUUUACAAACUGUGGACGCCAUGAAGAAGGUGGAUUAUAUCCCUCUGAGCCGCUCGGAAAGUCUCCCUUUAGAGGACUUUGUGCAGAUGAAACAGCUCGGCGUCCAUCAGCCGCAGGAUGUUGGCAGAAGCCAAACAGGCGGUAAGAAGAAUUUCCGUGAGGAUACAACAAAUUUAACUGAUGUGGACCCAGUCCCUCAGAUGCUGGAUGUUAAACAAGAGGGUCUCCAUGACGGGAGCUCCAGGUUGGACCAGCAGCCCCCAGAGCCCAUCCACAUAAAGGAAGAGGAGGAGGAACUCUGGACCAAUCAGGACGAAGAGCAGUCUGAUGAGCAGAAAGAGACUGAUGUCAGUGGGUUCCCUUUCACGGUUGUGACAGUGAAGAAUGAAGGCUAUGAAGAGAAAUCUCAGUUCUUAGAGCUUCAUCAGAUCAAAACUGAAGAAAGCGGAGAGACAGGAGCUCCAAGCAGCAGCUCAGCUGAGGAGAUGAAAGCAGAACCCAGUAGAGAGGACAGUGGUGGGGGACCAGAACCAGAGAGAAAGCUGCAUCCAGAAUGUACCUUUGAGCAAAAUCUGGAUGAAAAGGCUUCAGACUCUUCUGAGACUGAAGUCAGUGAUGAUGAUAAUGAUGCUGAUUGGCAAGGACCGUUGUCAGAUUCAGAAUCUGAAACCAAAAUCAGCCACAAUGGUGGGAAGGAGGGCAGAGCGCCUCACUCGGGUGUAAACAGUGACGAGAAAUGUAACUCAGUCACAGCAGGCGAUGAAGGAGAAAAACUGUUUGCCUGCGGUAAAUGUGAUAAAAGAUUCAAAAAGCGGGACAGCCUUACUGAUCAUGUCAGGGUGCACACCGGCGAGAAGCCGUUCGGUUGCGAUGUUUGCGAGAAAAGGUUUAGACGGAAGGACUGUCUCCGAAAGCACAAGAUGACUCACAGUGGAAAGAUGGCGCACAGCUGCGGUUUCUGUGGGAAGGGAUUCAUAGAAAAGACCGACCUUCAGGCGCACAUACGACUCCAUACGGGAGAGCGGCCCUUUGCGUGUGACGAAUGUGGCAGAAGGUUUCAUAAAAAGUCAAUUCUCACGGUGCACACGAGGGUCCACUCGGGGGAAAAGCAAUUCAACUGCGCCGUGUGCGGGAAAAGAUUUCGAUUUCAGCACAUCCUCAAAAAGCACCUGAUUGUCCACACCGGAGAGAAGCCGUUCGUUUGUGCCGUUUGCAGCAAAGGAUUCUCCCAGCAAGAAACUCUGAAGAGACACAUGGGCGUGCACACCGGGGUGAGAACGUUUGUUUGCAGCGACUGCGGGAAAGACUUUCAGCAAAAGAUCCACCUAAAGGAGCACAUGCGGGUCCACACAGGAGAGAAGCCGUUUGGUUGUGACGUGUGUGGCAAGAAAUUCAAAAAGAAGUCGUACGUCAAAACGCACAUGAUGUCCCACGCUGGGAAGAGGGCGCACAACUGUGAGCAGUGCGGUAAAGGCUUUCUGGUGAAGGGUGGCCUUCAGGAACACAUGAGGAUCCACAACGGAGAGCGACCUUUCAGCUGUGACGUGUGUAGCAAAAGCUUUCUGCAGAGGAUCCAUCUAAAGGAACACAUGAGAGUCCACACGGGAGAGAAGCCGUUUGGGUGUGAUAUCUGUGGUAAGAAGUUCACAAAGAAGUCCUAUGUUACCGCACACAUGAUGUCUCAUGCUUGACGGGAGAGGAACUGUGGGGAUCAGUGUGUUUAAAGAGGGCUCUGGCUGCAGAAACACGCAAAACUGCACACUGGUGGAUGAACACUUGGCUUGAGCCGCAAUAAAAGAUGUCUUGGUGCCUGAUAAUUGUAAAUAAGAAUUUAAAUUUUUGGGACACAAAAUUUCCCGAGCACAGAAAACAAAAGGCUUUAUGGUCCUGCAACAUGUGCCUGUUAGAAGUAGCCGAACUGAACCUGGUAUGUGUGCAGUAGGGCAAACU